CAGGAAUCAGACACAGGUGACUUGUGUGAUACUGAGGAUGGAGAUGAGGACAGAGAGAGACGUGAGAAGCUCCUCCAUAAUGGAGGGGGUCUGGAUGUGGAUGGGAUAUCACGCACAUUACACACAUUAUCUGAUAUAAUAAGAGGGGUAAAUGUAGACUUCUAUAUACAGGUAGCUGCAGACAUAUUACUGGAUGGAAACACAGCUAGUAAUUAUCUACAGAUAUCAGAUGACAGGAAAACUGUAUCCAGGUCAGAUAGAAACCAGAAUUACCCAGAAACACCAGAGAGAUUUCACUAUUAUCCUCAGGUGUUGAGCAGUCAGAGUUUCUCCUCAGGGAGACAAUACUGGGAAGUGGAUGUUGGGGGAUCACAAUACUGGAGGGUCGGGAUGUGUUACCCCAGUAUAGACAGGAAAGUUUUGCAGGCAGGAAUAGGAAAGAAUAACAAGUCCUGGGGUUUGCUCAGAUCUGGUAGUCGGCAUUUUGUGAGACAUGACAGCAAAGAUAUCCCCUUACCUGCCAAUAUCUCCAGUAACAGAGUCAGGAUAUAUCUGGAUUAUGAGGCCGGGCGGAUCUCCUUUUAUGAUCUGUGUGACCCGAUCCGACACCUCCACACCUUCACCACCACCUUCACUGAGCCCCUCCAUGCUGGGUUAUGUGCAGUAAGGGGAGGUUGUAUAAAAAUAUGUGGGGGCAAAACACAAGAUGUGAAAGAUCCAUCCCAAAAGUAGUGACAUGAUAGGGAAGGAGGGUAGGAUUGGUCCAUUGUAGAGUCAAUGCUUGGAGCAUGGGCAACUUUAACCACUUAAGGACCUUGGGUGUUUUUCAGAUUUGGUGUUUGCAAGACUAAAAC